CACGGCAGUAACUUAACGUGUUCUGGCCAGCACGAAAACACGAUGAAUUCAACUACGACACCAUUGACGGCGAACUCCCAGUUCAUUCAAGCGGAUGAUGAUGAUGACCUGGAUGAGGAGAGCAUCCCGGGGUUCACUCAUCCAUCUAUGCAGUCACCACAACCAUCAGAUAAAGGGAAGGGUCGCGCUAGGGAGCCUGACCAAUUAGCCCCCGCUUCGAGCAAUGGGCGGCUUUCUAGUCCUAUUCUUUCUGGGAACAUAGGCAGCUCUGCAAACGGAGGUGCGCCUCGGCCAGGAGCACGCCAGACUGUUGGUGGUAUCAAAGUUGAAACGAGAUACUCCGGUGUUGACACCCUCGAUGAGCCGGUCCUGACUACCAUUGCACGAGAUCUACUUUCAAUAUACUCAAAACUUGUGCAAGUUCUGUAUCCUCGUCGGACUACAGGCCGUGAAGUUCUAAGGGAUUGGGAUUUAUGGGGCCCGUUGCUACUCUGUCUUUUCCUUGGAAUAAUGCUCAGCGUGAACGCGCCACCCAGCCAGUCAUUGGGCAUAUUUACCAGUGUUAUCGUAAUCUGCUCUCUGGGUGCUCUAGCGGUUACGGUGCAAGCCAAGCUCCUUGGUGGUCGAGUGUCUUUUUUCCAGGGUCUGUGCGUAUUAGGUUAUUGCAUAGCGCCUCUAGAUAUUGCUGCCUUCAUUUCCUGCUUCGUGCGCAUUAUUUACGUGCGCGCUCCGAUUGCCCUCGUGGCGUGGGCUUGGUGUGUAUGGGCAUCUGUCAAUUUCCUCGAUGGAACAAAAAUCGAUGCACAGCGGAUCCUCUUAGCAGUUUACCCCUUACUCCUUUUCUACUUCAUCCUGGCUUGGAUGAUUCUUAUACAAUAGGAUGUGGUUAUGGUCGCGUAUCUUAUUUAUUACUUGUCGAACAUUGAAGUUGUGCGGCUCCACAGGAUCUCGGGAUGUUGAAUCCCUGUUCAUAGCACCUUUAUAAUAGAACCACUUUGCUGGGGUCAAACCCUGGACCACCGGCGCCACGUUGAUUAACGU